GGCAGAGGCUGGGAGUCGUCACAUUAUUGAGCAAGAUGGUCCUAAGAGGCGUGUUGGUGGUGGUACUGCUGGUGCUGAGACUCGGUCCUUCACACGGGACGCCCCUCAUGGAGGAGAACGAGAGUGUGGCACAUCAUCUUAGUCCUGAGGUGGUACAGCAGCUCCUGGCGGUCACCAAUAAUACUCUCCACCAUGUUCAGGAUGUCAAGUCGUUGUUGACACCGAUUCAAGAGAACCAAGCCAGUGUGGACGUGUCAGGAAGUGCUGGGGGUGUUCUCCGCCGUGACAUAUCCAUGCAACUUCUGCUGCUCCUGCUAGAAACCGAACAGGUGAGGCACAGCAGAGUACUAGAGCAGGUGAGUCAACAGAUGAGGGGUGUGGGUGGGCGAGACACUGCUACCUCCGGCGAGCAGUGCAGCGCCGCCAUCAACACCGUCCUGUUACCUCUACUACAGCUGCAGCAGGAGGUGAGGCAGCUGGCGACACGGCACCCAUCCUUCUCUACAGGUGACAACACAGCUUCACAGCCACAACAGUCUCCCUCACAGCCACUGCAGUCACAGCUACCAAUCACCGGGGACAACAGCUGCAACACUCCCACCAACAGGCCCCGCGACUGUCACGACCUGCUGCUGGCCGGCAACACCCGCAGCGGGGUGUAUCAGAUCUUUCCAUACAGGUGCAAGAGGCAGGAGGAGGGCGUGCAGGUGUGGUGUGAGCUGGAAGGUGAGGAAGGAGGGUGGACCGUGGUACUGGCCCGCCGCCCACUGGACCAACAGGUCAACUUCAACCGAGGCUGGAGAGACUACCGUGAAGGCUUCGGUGACCCAGACACAGAGUACUGGAUUGGUAACGCUGCGCUCCAUGACCUGACGCACAGGUGGCCGCAGUUGCUGAAGGUGGAUCUGGGUGACUGGGACGGUAAGAGUCGUUCAGCCAGAUAUCAAACGUUUCUGGUUGAUGACGAGGACAGUCAGUUCCGCCUCCACCUGGGCCAGUACUCAGGUGACGCCGGGGAUGCCUUCAGUUACCAUGACAACAUGCCCUUCACCACCUCCGACAGAGAUAACGAUAAAGCUGGAACUGGCAACUGCGCAAUAUCCCACCAUGGAGGGUUUUGGUACAAUGCUUGUCAUCAUGUGAGCCCCACCAGCCAGUUACUGGAGAAACAGAAGAGUACAAUAGGGAUUAACUGGCACACGUGGUACCCUGACAGAACCACACUCAAGAACGCCACCUUCAUGAUCAAGCCUAAAUCUUGUUCUUACUAAAGAGUGGCAAUAUACCUACGUGUUUCCGUAACAAUAGUGAAAUAAUGAUAAUUUCUGGGAGUAAUUAUUAUUAUUAUUAUUUAUUGUAGUAGUAGUACAGGGAACGAGAUCUUCGGCCCCAGAGCCAGGAACAGUCGCAGAUAUUGACUAUGAGUCAACAAAUUUUGAAAGAAAACUAAAUGAGAGAGAAAGAGAUUAUCUAUUGUAAAUGAUACAUAAAAGCAACAACAAUAUACAUAUACAAAGUUAUACAUAAAAUAUUAUACAACGUUUUUCAUACACUGAAGGAUAAUUCAAUACAUAUUCUGUAGGUAAAUUCAGACUGGUGUUUAUAUACCCGACCAUGUAUAAUUGUAUUGUAUAAUGUAGUAAUUAUAAUGUAUAAUGGUAAUCAUAAUAUAAACAAAAUGUUAA